AUGGGAUUACGCGGGGCCGAGGGGGGUGUCCGCCGGGCUGUCACAGCCCGAGGAGGGGGCGGCGGUGACGGGGGCGGCGCUCGGAACCAGCGGCUGCCGCCCGCCCCGGCCGCCCCGCGGGCGGGUCCCGCCGCUCGCCUCGCAGCCCCGGCCGCGGUGCCCGGCGGGGCGGGCGCCACCCUCCGCCGCUCCCGCCCGGCCCCAUUGUUUGCCGUGCCGCCCUUACCGGGCAGUCGCGCUUGGCCGCCGGAGGUCCGAGCCAUUAAAAGCUCCGCGGAGAGGAGGAGGAGAAGGCGGCGGCAGGAGCGGCGGCGGCAGGGACAGGAGGACAGCGAGGGGCUCGCAGGAGCAGGGUCGCCAUGUCCGGCUUGGCAGCGGGGGGAGCCCACCGGGCCGGCGCGGAGGAGAAGGGAGGCAGGCGGCGGCGGAGGGGCCGGUCUUGCUGCCGCCCGCAAACCGGGGGAGCGGGAACUGGACGCCGCUCGCCGCCGCUCUGCCGCGGCUGCACCUCCCUCCCCUAACCCUGCCCCCUCCCGGAGGGGGAGCCGCCGGCGGGAGGAGGCGGCCGAGAGCCCCCUCCAGCGUUCGCGGGCGGCGGCGGCCGCUCGGAUCGGCGCUGCCGGCGGCGCAGCGAGCGGGGCGCCCGCCCCGGCCGUGGUACCCGGGCAGCCCGAGCUGGAGAGAGGCGGAGGCGCGGCGACCACCGCCCUGCGCCGCUGCGGUGCUGGGAGGGCUCCAGAUAUCCCCAAUCUCCUCUACCUCCGCCUCCCGGGCACCAGGAGGGACGAGCAGCGCCCAGGUGGCCGCGGUGUACGGGAAGGGUUAAACCCGGCUGCAGCCCCGGGGCAGGGAGAGGGCGAGGCCCCGAGGGUCUCUGUCCCUUCCUGUGGAUUUUGGGGACCAUCGGGUGUAGGCGGCCAGCGGGACACCCCGCAGGAGGGCCCUGCCCUGCCCUGCCGCCCUGUCUCGGAGAGGGAAUUGCUCGCCGACAGUCGGGAGGCUGUGAAAGUAGGCGGGUCCUGCAGGAGGAACCGGGACACUGCCUCAGCGGCCGUGUGUGCAUUAAUGGGUACCCCGGCUCUUCUGCCUUAG